UGUUGUUGUAGUUGCAUACAAAGCAGACAGAGCCAUAAUUGGAUUUGUUGUUGUUUACCAACAUGAACUCGCUGUUUUUCUCCGACUCUCCGCCCGGGUCGGUCUGCAACGUCCCCACAGGGUCGGGCGCGGUGACCAGCGCCCUGCGAAAUGACCUGGGCUCCAACAUCCAUGUGCUGAAAACCCUCAACCUGCGGUUCCGCUGCUUCCUUGCCAAAGUCCAUGAACUGGAGAGGAGGAACAAGCUGCUGGAGAGCCAGCUGCAGCAGGCUCUGCUCAAGGCGCAGUACCGACACCUUUACGCCCGGGAAGUUGCGGUGCAGACGGAUGGACCCGAUUCGCGGCUGCCGGGCACCAUCUGGAGUUUCACCCACGUCCGGAGGCAAGGGGAGCGCCUGGAGACCCUGCGCGGGCCCGGGGUGACGUGGUCGCAUCCGGACGGAGUUGGGGUCCAAAUAGACACCAUAACCCCAGAACUGAGGGCUCUGUAUAACGUGCUGGCCAAAGUCAAGAGGGAGAGGGACGAGUAUAGAAGAAAAUGGGAGGAGGAGCUAUCCAAGCGAGAGCAGCUGGAGUCCACCGUGGAAACCAUGCAGCAGAGCGCCCGGGAGUCGACCGAGGUCCAGGAUGAGCUAAGCGAGAAGGUGGACAGACUGAAGGCUGAACUCGUGGUCUUCAAGAGUCUGAUGACUGAUCAAAUGUCUGACCUGGACACAAAGAUCCAGGAGAAAGCCCGGCGGGUGGACAUGGACAUCUGCAGGCGGAUCGACAUCACGGCCAAACUGUGCGAUGUUGCUCAACAACGCAACUCUGAGGACAUGUCCAAGAUGUUCAACGUCAGUCCGGCCCGGUCGCUCCCAGAGAAGGGUGCCAUGGCUUGCUGCAGGAAAAAAGAACGUAAAGUCGUGUCUGAUGAGGAGAGUUCAGAAAUGGAUGCGGAGCCCAGCCUGUCGGAGGAGGACGUCCCCGGGUCGCUCAACAUCACGGAUGAAAUGAAACGAAUGCUCAACCAGCUGCGCGAGACGUUCGAAAUCGACGACGACUGUGACAGUCUGACGUGGGAGGAGAACGAGGAGACUCUGUUGCUGUGGGAGGACUUCACAAACUACAACGUGCCGUUAGCCAUCGCCGCCGCCACGCCCGGCACGGUGGCCUGCCCCGCCGAAGGCAACGGUGAAGCGGCUGAUCCAGACUCCCAGGAUGGAAGUCUUGGCAGCCUCAUUGAUGAAACGGAGUCACUAUUUAAGACCAGAGAGCAGGAGUACCAGGAGACCAUCGGACAGAUUGAGAUGGAACUGGCCACAGCCAAGAGUGACAUGAACCGACACCUGCACGAGUACAUGGAGAUGUGCAGCAUGAAGAGAGGCCUGGACGUGCAGAUGGAGACGUGUCGGCGGAUGAUUAAAGGCGGCAGGAACUCUCCCUCCAUCAGCUCCGUGGCCAGCAGCGACUCAGGGAACACAGAUGAGAUCCAGGACGAGAUUUCGGACAAGGACACAGAAGCUGAAGUCCCUGUUAGUUGAUGGCUGCAUACCCGGGCUCUGCCCCAACUCUUCCUGAACCACCCUCGUCAUCACAGGGUUAAAAUGUGUAUAGAGCUCCACUGUUAGACAGGUGGAGCGACCUAAAUCUGGGCCUGUUCGACCUGUUGAAGUUCUGAUGGUCGUGCUCACUGACGCAGGCCCAGAACUGGUGCUUUUAUACUAUUUCUGUUGUUUUGGAAGUGGUGGGGGGGGCGUCUUUGCUUCACAAAGAGAAAGGGUGCAUAUAGAGCCCGAGCUGUGCUCUCUUCCUCACUGCUGCCUCGCUGGAUCCUCGUCCAGAGCUUCACAUCAUUUUAGGCGAGAGAAAAAAUAAAUCUUGAGUAUUUUAAAGUGGCUGAGAAGAUUUUUGUACAAAUUCUUACCCUAUUAAUGUCCUUUUAUUCUAAAGGAAUUGAAAAAUAGUACAUAUUGUGCUCCUCCACAUAGCAUUCAUCUAUCUUUACAUGUACGUUUUUAUUAUUUAAUUUAGAUUUGAAAAGUGUCUGUGCAACACUAUUUUGUUUUUGUUUGCAGUCCAAAUUAGAGUGUUUGGGGGUUUAAGUGUCUUCUGCCAAGGAGACAAAACAAAGAGUGGAGACAAAUGGUGUUGGAGUCGUGGUGGUUUCUGAGGGAACUCUGCCGAGUUGCCAAAGUUGACAGAGGAAAGGAGCACAGCCUUUUGAUGCAUCAGUGCACUACUGAAGUUCUAUGCAAUUUAGCUGGCCUUAUUUUCGGACUGGCUUUCACCCUUCCUUGUUUCUCUUCAAACCAAUACGAUUAGCCUUUUAAGCAAAGCAGGUGUUUUCUAUGUCUAUCAUUUUUAGAACUCUUAUUUUUGUGUGUGUGUGUUCGAGCGUGAAAUAAUCUUAAGUGUGGGACGUUUGUUUUGUUUUCAUGGACACCAACAGUAAAAAAAAACUGGAACAGUGCCCCCUCAACAAGGGACUCAUCUUCAUUCAUGACUAGAAUCGUCAACAUCUGCCAGACGCUACUCGCUGCUGAAACAGGCAGAGCAUUGUUCUGAUCCUGAUGGACUUUACUGAGGGAAUAUGCACUUACUUUGUGCACAUCAGCAUGUUUAUUUAAAUGGCUAAAAUCAAAUUUUAAUCAAAGAAAUCAAAGUCAAACAAUGCCCUCCAACAUCUUAAAGGGAAACUUCUUCAACCUGGACCGUUUUUUUGUCAAGUCAAGUCAAGUCAAAGUUUAUUUAUAGAGCACAUUUAAAAAAAACAACCUCAGUUGACCAAAGUGCUGUACAGUUAUUAAAAUAGAAUACAUCAUACACAAAUAGGUAUAAAUAAAAACAAUGAAAAACAAUAAAAUACUAAAAACAGUAAAACAAUCAAAUAAAAUAGAAUAAAAUAGUAAUAAAAGCUCAAUCCAAAACAGAGUUAGAGAUAAAAAAAGACAAAUAAAAGGGUAAAAAAAGUAAAAAAAGAAAGCCAAGGAUUCUUGCCUAGCUGGGACUGAACGCCAAGGAGAAUAAAUAGGUUUUUCAUAAUGUUUUUUUGUUUUGUGACAAAUGGGGACAACAAUAUUUGAAAGUGGUCCAGUAUUACUGCAGCCUCAAAAUGUGCUCAAUGUAAUCAUUCUGAGCAACUGUGAGCUGUAGAAAGAGCUUGUUUUGCCACCGACAGACUCAGAUUGUUGACAGAAGUGUCUCACAAAAGCAUGGCAAGGACCCUACGUUUUUAAUUUACCUUUCACUUGAUCCGGUCAGUGUGUCUAUUCUUCAGUCUCUCCCUGAAAUGUUCAGGAACAGGUCACGUGUGAAUGGGAGCAGGGAUCUGUGCCACCAAUUUCCCACCAAGAGACAGAGUAGCGUUGCAGGGACAUGUAAGCAUGUAAACAGUUUCAUAUGUUCGAUGAAAGACGAUUUCAUGCAGAGCAAACGAACCGAUCAGAAGACUCAGCUGAUGAUGUAUUUGAAUUGAAUGCAGAUUUCUGUAGAUCACAAGCAAACAUUACUUGUCUCAACCUCUUAAAGAAAGAAAAUAAUAAGUGAGAUUGUCCGUCAUGUCCAAGUGUUGCAUUCCCGCCAUUUGCUGGACUGUACCAGGACUAUUCCAGCCUUGCAAUGGCAUGUGUGAAAAGGCAUAAAGACAGAAAAAGUGCUGAAUUAUGUGUGAGAAUGUGUGAAGAGUGAAAAUCACUAGUGGUGCCUGAAAGCUUAUCGUUGUAAAUCGACCAGGAACUGUGUAUGAAUGACUCAGGUGUCAUUCUGAAACCCUGUGUGGCCAUGACAUUGUAAAAAAAAAUCUUUAAGAUAACACUAAACUACACUUUCACCACUCCAACACAACAAACUCUUCCUGACAAUCGUCUCUCCAACUCUCAAGAGAUUUCAGAAUCUUCUUCUUCCGCAAGACACAAAAACAUGGAGAAAAUAUGGUCCAGGUUGACAAACAGUUUUCCCUUUAAGCAAAACCAAAGGACACAUUUUGAAAAAACAUCAUCUUCAUAGUCCUUUUUAUCUCUUCUUUUUCUGUAUGUGUGGGUUUGAGCUGUCAAGUGCUGUCCUGCAGGAGGCUCUGUUCCAGACCGGUUGCACAUCCUGCUUUGUCUCUUCUGAACCGGGGCUCAAAGCGUCAGACUGUACAUAGAGGGCUGCAGGCAUGUGAUCGUAUACCCCAGAGGCCUUUUCGUUCAUAUUAAUUGUUUUUGCAACUGAUUGAGAUGUCUCACGAUUUCGCUUUUCUCAGUGCUGUCGCUGGAUUAGCGUAGAAACCGAUCGUCGCAUGGGGACAGAAGUGAUCUUUUUAUCACCUCUUUGUAUUAUACUGUAUGUACGGUUUGCUGGAUCAAAGAUCAAGUGCUACUUCUAUCAUGAAGUUUUACAGAAGCAGAAAAAUGCAGGCCUUUUUUUUUGUUGUUGUUAUUUCAGCAUGUUUGUGUGGAGAAAAAGGAGCUAUGGGUCUUUUUUUUAUAUUAUUAUUUUGUACUAAAUAGCUGCAAUGCAGACUGAGUGUUGAUCCUAAUCAUUAAUUAAUUAUAUUUGUGGCAUAAAAUGUAUUUUUCACUGUUUUUUAAUCAUUCUAUGUUAACCAAAAACUGUGUUACUGUCGCCAAAUUCAGCUUUAUUAAUUUUUUCCAGAUGUUUUGGUCACAUAUUGACCAUAUCAGAUAAAUAAAUAUCAGCCCUAAUAAAAACUAAUUAAGACAAGAGCGAGAAAAAAAGUCUCGCUCACAGAGAUCCUUCAUAUCGUUUUAUGUUUGACUUGAUGUAAAACCAGCCUGAUAAGUAACAAAGAGCCAUUCUUUUAUUAGUACUGUACUUUGUAUCGACAUCAAACGCUUUAUUUAUUGAUUGACUGACUGAAUGGCUAUAACAUCCAGUAAAAGGAGGCCGAACAACACAGUUUGGCUUUUCCUUUUGUCGAGACACCACGACGCCAUCACACUAACCAGCCAACCAAAGCAAAGUGUACAGAAACAUGACGAAGAUGUUUGAAUCCUACUAACUCUGGAAAGUCUCAGUCUCAGUGUUCGUACAUCCCCACCACCACACGUGUGUUUAAGCUACGUUUACACGAGGACGGUCUGAACAGAAGACGCAAAAGUGGCGUCGCGUCUUCACUUUUUAUUCCGCGUUUAGACGAGCGUUUUCGGGAGGAAAUCUGCUGCAUACGGUGACGCAAAAGUGUGUGAAAUUGGAUUGUAUGCAGCCAGGCGGCAUCACUUAAAGCGAUAAGAGCAUCUUUGGACAUGCAGAAGUUUUCACGCCACACAUUUUCAUCAGCUACUCCUUCCACAAAGUUCUCCUCCAUCACUAGAUCUCCCAGGUCUCGUUCACAGCCGUCUGGCUCGCCUCCGACCAAUCGCUGCAUCCAGAAUGUGAUGGAGGUAAUUCCAGAUCCUUCUCUGUUCACUAAUACUAUCUGUACAUAUCCUGUACAUUUGGUGGAAAGACUCCUGUAAGUUUAUUAGAGCUGCCAGAGCAGCUUGAAGGUCCCACGCAUGGAAAUAAUCCCACGUUUGUUUAUUUUCCUGUACUGGAGCAUGUAUGUGACGUAAACACAUACGUGACGUGAGCAGAUCAGAUCAGAGUUUUGUGUCUUGUCAGUGUAGACGACACGCUACGGCGGAGCGGAUUCAACUUUUCCACUUUGGAAGGUGGUUUCAGAUUUUUGCGUCUUUAAGCCCCAAAAACGCUGUCACCGUCUAAACGAAAGGCACUUCCGAUAGAAUAUUUUGUCGUUUUUACCCGCGAGCGUCCUCGUGUAAACGGGGCCUCAGUCUCAGUGUUCGUACAUCCCCACCACCACACGUGUGUUUAUUUUGCAGACUUUUACCUGAUUUUGAGACAUUGCGUUCAGUGUUUUAGCUCCAGCAGGUCAAACUCAAACAUCGAGUUGACAAAACUGUAGCAACCCUCCUUAAUGAAUGUAGCGGGACUGGAGGCGUCCUCUAAAGACCUUGCAGGUUAAGCUGAGCAAAAAAAAUGUAGCUGUUUAAAUCCAGGGAUAUAUGGUGUGCUGUUAUUGGAGAUCUUGGUAUGUUUUGCUUUACUAAACGGGUUCUUACCUGACCAACUUACAGUAUGUGACCUAUAAAUGUAUGUAUAUUAGGUCCGGGUGGAUGUGAAUGUUUCAUACUAAAAAAAAAGGGUUUUAUAUGAUCGGUUUUUAUUAGUGUGGCACUGGGAUUAUAUGGUUGUUUUAACUGUCAACAUGCAGUUUUUUCAGGCGUUCAUUAGCAUACCUGUUUGCUGUUAAAUGUCAUUAUUAUUUCUUAUGUUUAAUUUCAUAAACAUGAUGGGGAAAUAAACGGUGCAGCAAUACUUGUGGCCAUAUUUGGGUAAAAUAUACUGUAUUGGAUACUGGUCUUUGUGUUUCAUUGGGUUUUAUUUUAAGCGGUUGAUUUGUCUGAUUUAAUUUAAUUGCUUUUCUCUCUUAGAUUUGUUAUUUUGUUUAAACUAUUGAUACAGUGUAUUCAUGUGGGUCUUGGGGAGAUUGUUUCAAAAUUAUGAAUGUAUUCAAUUGAUAAUGGGGGGAAAUGAAAUAAAA